CCACUCCUCCCCUAUAUAAUCCGCACAUCCCUCAUCUCAGGAACAAUCAAAUCAACUUGCAAAUCUAUCAAUUGACAGAAAAACCUCAAAAUGGUCAAGGGAAAAGCAACAGCCACCGUCUCAGGACGCACCAUCGCCGAAACAGACGAGUAUGAGCUCGUGGAGGGAAAUGUCUAUGUAUGUUGAUCUCUACCCACUCCCAAUCGUUCUUGAAGGCAUGAAUUCAAUUGCUGAUUCGCCAUCAAUUUAGUUUCCACCAUCGUAAGCUCAACCUCCUCCUGUGAACCAGGUGUAUGUACAACUGGACAAAGUCAUCGCUAAUGGGAAAACCAGCUCGGUAAAUAUGUCGUAUCUCAGGAAGACGGAUCACUCAACACACUGUCCCCACAAGGGAGAUGCCAGUUACUACAGCGUAAAUCUUGAUAGUAAGUCCGAUCACAAUUCAGGCUUCAAUUGACCGCUUUGCGUUUCUCUAUCGGGAGGUGAAGCUGACGGAAGUGAAUGGAUAGAAACCGAGUUGAAGAAUGCGGCUUGGUAUUACCCAACUCCCAAACAAGAGGCGGAAAAUAUCAAGGGCUAUGUUGCUUUCUGUGAGUAUCCCAUUUUCUCAAGCUGCCGUUUGAGAAAGAGCAUGGAUGCCUUGGCUAAUCGUUUGGUGUCAUAGACAAGAACGUUGUUGAUGUUAAGACGGAAUAGGUGUUUAGGAAGGAACGGAUGAGGAAAGUAGGACAUGUAUAUUUGUAUUGAGCAGAAGUGGAAUGGAGAAAUGUUUUGAGGAGAAUAAAUUCUAAAAGUGAAAUGUGAA